AUGGAUUCAACCAUAGGCUCACUCUUCCGAGUCUUCCCAAGCGACCCUAUUAUGGAACAGAUCGGUGUGAUAAUAUGCAGCCAACGCCCCCGCCGGGCAGGUCCACAGAUUGCAACAUUCGUUCUGGACACACUGAAGCAGUACCAAGCCGGUCAUCCAUCUUCGCGACCGUAUCAAUUCAUGCUCAUCGACCUCGCCGAACAUCCACUGCCGAUGUAUGACGAGCCAGGCAUUCCAUCUCGCAUCCACUCCUCGGCGGGAUACGCCCACUACCACACUCGAGCCUGGUCAGACUUGAUCAACAGCUUUGCAGCGUUCGUCUUCGUCACCCCACAGUACAACUGGGGCUAUCCGGCCGGCCUCAAGAAUGCACUCGAUUACCUCUACCACGAAUGGGCAGGCAAGCCGGCCAUGGUGGUCAGUUACGGCGGGCAUGGUGGGCAUAAAGCAGCGAUGCAGUUGAAGCAGGUCUUGCAGGGCUUGCACAUGAAGGUUGUGCCACAUCAUGUGGCGUUGCAGUUCCCAGAUCGAGAAUUCAUGGAGCGAGCCUCUUCUGGCGCUGAUCUGGGGCUUCGGGUUUUCAACGAAGCCGAGCCAGGUGAGAGACUCUGGGCGCAGGAGGGCAAGGACAUGCACAUUGUCUUUGCGCUGUUGCUGGAACGAUUGUUUGGUGAAGCAGAUGAGGAAUUUGGACUAAGAAAUAUCGAGGGGUGUGCAUGUUCGGAUGCACAAUCACACUCCUGA